AUGAAUCUGAAACACCGAGAAUCAGAAGGAGAAAGCGAAGAAGAGGAAGAAGUUGAUGUUUUGGGGAAUGACAGAAGAUAUAGACAACGGCAUAGAAAUGAUCUUCGUUUAAAUUAUGACUCUGACUCGUCAUCACCGGAGAGUGAAAAGGAAGAGGAGGAAGACAACAAUCCAGUAGUGGAGAAGACCGAAGAAGUACAAGACGGGGACGAUGACGAUAUGUUCAGUGAGGAACCAGCAACUGACAAGGUUAAUGGAAAUGGAGUACAAGUAGCAGAAGAUGAAGAAGACGAAGAUGAUAUGUUCGCCAGUGAUGACGACGAACCAAAAGAGGAAUCCAAGAACCAAGAUCAAUUGGGUAGUGAAGGAGAGCAGGAUAUAAUACCCCAAGUCCAAGAAAUACAGCCAAAUGAGGAUGACUCCGAGGAAGAAGUCGAUGUUCAAUAUUACAACAACCCAGAAGAAUUUCAGCCAGGACAAACUUCCAAAGCAAAGAAAGGACCAAAGAUUGAAGCAUUCAAUGUUGAAGAAGAGACAGAAGAGGGCCAUUUCGAUGCCGAAGGUAACUAUAUUCGCGACAGGAAAGACCAACCGAUUACCGGUGACGACUUGUGGUUGAAUGAUUUUAAGAAAUCAGACAUAAAGAAAGCCGAAUUGGCUCAACGUGAACGAGAACAGAGAGAGACUGAAAAGUUACUUUCGAAGAAUACGAACAUGGUGCCAACGGAGGCAUUACUUACUCAAUUGAUUGAACUUUUGGAGCCAGCGGAAACUCCAAUGGAGGCUCUUGCUAGAUUAAAUCCAAAGAGGUCGAGGAAGAAAGCAAAGCUGGACAUAACAACUCAGAAACAAGUGAUAAGCCAGAUCACUAAUCAAUGCUCUGUUCUUAUGAACGAUAAAUAUAUAGUUGAUGUAUAUGACUUGACGCGGGAGGAAUUAAUGAGGAAAUAUAAACAAGAAACCGGAACAGAAUACUCAAAAAGCAAGAAACGACCUCGAGAAGAUCUGGAAGAUAACGAGGAUGACAACACGAAGGGGGAUAUUAUAAACAGCGAAGAAUACGGCGAUAAAAUAUGGGAGUUCAAAUGGCAUGGAGAUGAUAACAUCAAUGGACCUUAUUCUGAAUAUGAAAUGAAACAUUGGAAAGAAACAUACUUCGAGGAUAGAGUGGAUGUACGAAAAGUUGGUGAGACGGAGUUCCAGAAUGUUAGAGAAAUAGAUUUUCAAUAG